UGUGGUGCACACGGAAUAUGAUUUAAUUCAAAAUGUUUCUUUUAUUCCUGUGUUUGAUCUCCAUCGAAGUCUCCUUCUCUGUCGUCGACCGUACACGUGAGGACCGUGCGGUGGGUGCAGACAUUGUGCAGGCUGUUGUUGAUCUCAUAAGGGAUAAUUGCAUCUAUCCAAACGAUAGAGUGUUUCUCAGACGUCUGGCGUAUGUUGAAUCCAGAGAUGGAAGGAACUUGAACACUUUUCGACCGAAUUUUUAUGGUGGAAUUUGGCAGGUGGAAGAAUCUGAUUUUAAUUCAACCAAACAUAACCCUUUGCUUGUGGAACAAUAUAUGAAAAUCCAGGAAGAACUAAAAAUAGCAUGGGAAAAUGUACGCUGGAGGGAUCUCACAAAGCCUCUAUAUUCAGGACUAGCUGCCAGUCUCGUUUUACUGACGAAAGUUGGAGAUAACACUCCUGGAGUCUUGGAAAAACAAGCCGAAUAUUGGAUGAAUAACUAUCAUGCAGAUAAAUCACCAGAUUAUUUCAUAUCCCAAAUACAAAAAAUACCUGUUGAGGAUUGCCAAAUCGAUAUCGGAUUUAUUCUGGAUGAAUCCGGAAGCAUCGGGAAUCGUAAUUUUCAAACCAUGCUUGGUUUUGUUAAAAAUGUAACUGACAAGUUUGUGAUCGGCCCACAAGCAGUGGAAGUAGCGGUUGUGACUUUCGAUUCCUAUGCCUCUACUGCAUUUGGAUUUGGUAGCUAUACCUCUCACGCCAAUCUACAUAGGGCUAUUGACGAUGUUAGCUAUAAAGGGGGUGGAACAAAUACUGCUGAAGGAAUUCGUCUGGCCAGAGAAUCUGUCUUUCGAAAUGGAGCACGCCGGAGUUCAACCAAAGUCGGUCUUGUUAUCACUGAUGGUUGUUCAAACGACCAUAGUGCUUCCAUUCAAGAGGCUCAGUACGCAAAGAGAAAAGAUGGUAUAGUUCUGUUUGCGCUUGGAAUCGGUGGCAUUUGUAUGAAUGAAUUGGAGGCAAUAGCCAGUCAGCCUAGCUGCACUCACGUAUUUUUCCUGACUGGAUUUUCUGACAUUGACAGCUUAAUACAUGAAAUCCGAAAAGCAGCCUGUAGAGCUCCCAUUAUAAUUGAUCCCCAUCAGCCAGUGAUUUCAGGCAACAACGGAACAACUACCGCCACACCAACGUUUCAUAACUACACAAUAACACAGACAUUAAGUACAAAUAAAACAGAAACAAAGACAGUUGCGGUACCUACCAACAACGCAGCUAAUGAUACAGAUGGCGAAAGUAUAAUGCAAUUGACAGUGAACUGUGGAAUCGUCCAUGUGUACAUGUCUUACGACCACCCUCAUCCAAGUUCAGUUCUCUACAGUAACAAGCUGACGGCUACAGAUGGCCACCCUGCGGUGCUCUUCCUGAAUAAAACAGUGGAUGGCCGCCCGCUCUACAUGACGUAUGUAGGGACACGUUUACCAUCAGAUGCUGCAGACCUGAAAAACUGCAGUGACGCACAUUACGAGAUGACGUUUACAUACGUAAACAAAUCAGGAUUAGAAAUAAUUUGUCGACAAAACGGACAAGAGCGCGAGUGCACAAAACUUGAUUUCCAACUUCACAAGAAAUAUAAGGAUUACUUGUGUAGUUCACCAGCAGGUGUGAAAGAAGCCCCAGUACCAAACCCGUGCACCAUGGAGGUUGUUCAAAACAACGAAUUAUUCCACCCACAUCCGUAUGAUAAUACAAAGUUUAUAACAUGUGGUCACCAACAGCAUAAAAUGUACAUUACUCAGUGUCCACAAGGAGAACGGUAUUUCCAGGGUUCACAUUCCUGUGGAACCACAACAACCAUCAUGACUGGCGACAAGAUCCCUCUUGAUCCGGAUUUGAUUAAUCCCUGUACUGCACAAGCGGUGGCCAACCAAGAGUUCUUCUUCCCGUAUAGCAGGGAUAAUUCAAAAUUCAUCUAUUGUGACGUCUGGAGACACGCGUGGGUCAUGCCGUGUCCACCCACUUUAGUGUGGGGCCAGAAGAUUCACGCUUGUAUUGAGAACUUGCAUAGGUCAUCAAAUCCUUGUACCCACGACCAAGUAGACAGGGCGAUUACCAUGUUUCCUCAUCCUGAUCCUCACAAGUACAUACACUGCGAUACUGGACUAACACCAUGGGUACAGUCGUGUGCUGGAGGCACAGUUUUCGAUUUUACUACACAAAAUUGCGUGUGGGAAAAUCUAUUUGAUUGAUAGAAAAUAAUACAAAUUUCUAUCCAACCUUAUUACAUGUAUAUAUACAUGAAAUUUGUUCAUUGAAUUAAAGAUACUUUGUUCAA